GUACUGCGUGAGAAAUUGUACUGGAUGGAGUCAAAACCGAUAUAAAGAAUGCGACCAGCCAAGCUUGGGCUAGUUGCUAGAACGGCAGAUACCUAAGCAGACGCCGUUUGAUACCAUUUGAUAAAUAUAUAUCCAUACUAUGUUAAAGCUGCACUCGAUCACGAUGGCCCUACUGCCGAUUGUAGUGCUGGCGCUGCUUAGCCAUGUUGCAGCGGCUCCCACGCCCGUUCAGGUUGUCUACACGGGAGAGGAUGGCUGCGCGUGUCCCACCCAAUUGGGCUAUCAACUGAAUGUGCCCAAUCCGAGCAAGCCCAAGAAGUACGAGGGCGGCCAGUAUGGCUAUCGUGUGGAUAAGCCCGUUCAGACCAAGGCCAAGAUAAGCUACAGCUUUGAUUUUACCGUAGAAGAACCACGUACGCCUGCACCGCCCAAAAGCAAACCGGCCAAGCUUUAUGCCAAGGUGGAUCGUGUUACGGUCAACAAAUCAGAUUGUCGCGCCCAGGACAAGUCCAGCUGUAGCUGCAGCAGCUGCUCCGCUGCUAAGCCAAGGUACGUAGCCCAGCAGUCCAUUGCCAAUAGCAAUGCUAUACGUCGUCGUCGUGAUCUACGGUCGCAUGGCUCGCUGCUGCGCAAACGCAUAAUGCGCCAGCAACAGUUACAGGAGCGUCCAGUGCGAUAUGUUAAGCUCUAUCACAAGGAUCUAACGCCACAGCAGCAACAAAAGAUGCGCCUGUUUGGGCUGACGCCUGCUCAGGAGACGCCCGCAAAGACCAAGCGUAAGACGAAAAAGACGUCUGCUUUAAGCUCGCUGCAUGGCAAGCGUUGGCUGGGCUUGGGUCGUCACUUGACCAAACGCGACAUCAAGGGGGAGUAUGAUCUGCUGGAGCGGGAUCGUGCCAAUAUUGAUUUAACGGCUCCAGAGAUCAUACAAUUCAUGCCGGAGACACUGAAUCCCAGUUUUAAGCGUGGUCAGUGUCACAUGGGCUGCGGCGCCAUUACGGCCAGUGGGCCAAACGAUGUCGCAGAGGAUGGCCAACAGAUUACCAGCCCGGGCAGCACCGAACAGCCCGAGCUAUCGGAGCGGAAUACAGAGCAGCCCGAUCUAUCAGAGCAAUCGGAAAUGCCGCCAGCCCCAUCACUGGUUAACUCGUUACCCGCCAAGCGCUCGGCGCUUAGCUAUUUUCCACAGCAAAUACCCUCGCCGCUGUCGGGCAGCUACGACGAGUACAGAUUUGUGGACGACUCGCAGCUGAGAUCGCUGCUGUCGACCACCUCGGUGCCAGAUCCAUUGGAGCAAAGCUCUACGCCGUUGCAGUUCGCUGGCGAUCUGCAGUCGAUAAGUCCGCGCGCAUACUCAACGCCAGUGCUGGGCAUCGCUGAUGGCUAUCCGGUGGAGCACAUGGCGAACAAUCAGCUGGACAGCAUUAUAUCAGGCAUUGUUUACAAGCAUCCGGAAUAUGUUGAUACCAGUUCACAGUAUGGCGGCAGCUUGGUUGACCCCGAGCCCGAACAAAGAAAGCAAACAACAGACUUUCUCAAGAAGCUCAUCGAUGGCCGCCUCGGCGGCUGGGGCUUCGACACGUCCACUGAACCAGAGUCGGCGCUCAGAGCCGACUACUCGACGACGCCGUCGAAGACCUACGGCUACAAUAGCCACAAUCACGACGGCUACAGCUUGGAUACGUACAAUGUGCCGCCCAUCACUGACUACCUGCGCGCCUGGUUCUAGGCACGACUCACCUAAGCACUUAACUAAUUGUGCUGGCUGACAAAUCAUUGUAUUAUAUAGUGCGGUUGUUUAUAGGGAUAUCUGUGGUUUUACUUCUAUGCUAGUUGCUUAGUUUAUAAUAAACUUAAUACGAAAACAAACAAAACAUAAAAAAACAAUUACAAA